AUAGCCUUGUACAUUGCCCCUUCGAAUGGCAGCUCAAACAAACCCCGAGGAUAUAUUUGAGAUACAGGAACGCAUUGGUGAAGGUUCUUAUGGUAGUGUGUUCAAGGCGAUGCAUAAAUUCACAAAAAGGAUUGUAGCUAUCAAGAUUAUCCCAGUGGAGUCGGAGCUGGAGGAGUUAAUGAAUGAAAUCUCUAUUCUGAAAUCUUGUAGGUUCGAUUAUGUUGUUCGGUAUUACGGAAGUUACUACAAAGAUAAUGACCUUUGGAUUGUGAUGGAGUACUGCGGCGGAGGGUCCCUGAGUGAUCUUAUCAUGAAAGGCAAGUUCCACUUGAAAGAGGAAGAAAUCUGCUAUGUGAUGUCUGAAAUGCUUCUGGGUGUGGCCUACCUCCACGAGCAAAAGAAAAUCCAUCGCGACAUAAAGUCCGGGAAUAUUCUACUCACAGAAAAGGGCGUUGCGAAGCUCGCCGACUUCGGCGUCUCCGCCCAGCUGGACAACACGCUCUCCAAGCGCAAAACGGUCAUCGGGACUCCGUUUUGGAUGGCUCCAGAAAUCAUCGAAGAAACGAGUUACAGCUUCAAAGCGGAUAUCUGGUCUCUCGGAAUCACCGCCAUCGAGCUCGCCGAAGGCGUUCCUCCCUAUUCCGACAUUCCUCCGAUGCGCGCGAUCUUUCUGAUUCCCAACCGUCCUCCUCCGCAUCUCAAGAACGAGAGCGCCUGGUCGCCCGAGUUCAACGACUUCAUCAAGCAGUGCCUGACCAAGAACCCCGAGAAGCGUCCCUCCGCCGCGCAGCUCCUCGAGCACCCGUUCGUGUCGGCCACGGUGAAGAAGCUUCGCCACAGCCACGGCAAUUCCCAGACGAUGCAGAACAUGGUGAAGCGUCUUCGCGAGCUCAAAGCCAAGUACAAGAGCGAGAAGCGGCCUCCCAAGCCGCGUCCCGUCAUCAAUCCCGACAAGCACGGCGUCAACGACACGCUCGUCCCGCCCGACGCGCCCCGGCCCGUCGACCUCACCGUCCUCAAGCGUCCCGACGCCGCCAAGCCGCCCUCGCCGCCCGACGCGCCGCCCAAAUUGCCCAUCGAGCUCGGCAAUGUCGGCAAUGUCGGUAAUGUCGGCAAUGCCGCGAUGCCGAAGCCUGCGGCGCGCGUGUCGGUGCGGCCGCCGACGCCGCUGCCGCCUGGAGGAAUCCACCGCGUUGGGUUCCAGAGGCCGGCGCAGAGAUCGGGGAUUUUGGGCGCGACGACGCACAAUGGAGGGAAGAAAGUGGUGAAUCUGGAAACGAUCACGGCGAUGUGUCUGCCGGAUAUUAACUUGCAGAGGACGACGAAUGAUGCGAAUUUGGCUGAAUGGCUGAAGUACUAUCAGUUGCUCAAGACACAACAGCAGCAGUUCAAGAACGAUCUUCAGAUGUUGGUGUCUUCGUAUACCACCGCGAUGCAGGGGAUUAUUGAUCAAAUGAACUCAUUGUUUUGUGUUUGUUGA